AUGGCGACCGCGACUCAUCCCCCGCCCGCGCUGACGUUCCCGCGCCCAAUCUUCGCCGCCGUCUCCCCACAUCCCUUCCUGCAAGCGCACCUCGCUGCUGAGAAGAAGAAGCCCAUACGCGCCAACGGCCGGACAAUCAACGAGUUCCGAACACCGGGAAUAAACACUGGCAGCUUGACUCAUUGCAAUGGCAGCGCAGUGGUGCGCUUGGGCAACACGAGCGUGGUUUGCGGCGUACGCGCAGAAAUCCUGAAGGAGGCCGACAUUCCAGGCACCUUUGAGUACCCUGGGGAGACUGCAGGCAAGGAUGGGGAAGAGCAAGAAGAGAAUGGCGAGGAAGUAGAAGGGCUGAGAUUGCUGGUGCCCAACGUAGAGUUGUCAACAGGAAGCACACCUUCGCACAUUCCAGGCAACGCGCCCUCAACAUACGCGCAAACACUCAUAACACGCAUACGAUCGCUCCUCCACUCUACGCGACUGCUCCGCGCAUCCGACCUCCGCAUUCUAUACAAGCCCUCUACCAAUCCCGAGGAUCCAGACACAGAACCAGAGACACAGCUCAAGGGCUACUGGGUCUUGUAUCUGGAUGUCUUCUUCAUCAGCAUCGACGGCAAUGCGUUUGAUGCGGCGUGGAUAUCCAUUCUUGCAGCCCUUCGCGAUACCCUCAUACCGCACGCAUACUACGACGAAGAGUACGAGGGCAUACUAUGCUCUGAUGACCCCCAGGAUGCACACCGACUGCGAUUACAAGGCCUGCCGAUACCCACUACCUUUGCGGUGUUUGAAGGCAGGAAAGAGGAGGAUGAGGAAGUAGACUGGGUACUCAGCGAUCCAGAUGCCUUUGAGGAGGGCGUGUGUAGAGAGACUGUGAGUGUAGUGGUCGACUGCCAAAGUGGAAAGAAGGGCACCAAGGAUCUGGUUAUUCGAAGGGUGGAGAAGAGCGGUGGGGGCAUCGUAGGGAGGGAGCUGAUGGCCGGUCUGAUCAAGAGGAGCAUUGACCGCUGGGGCACAGUUGAGGCUGUGUUGGGCGGGAAUGCCUGAGCAAGGCCGGACGCAAGCGAGAUUCGGAGUGCACCUACAGAGUUGUGACCAUGUCUUUCUCAGUGCGUUAAGACAUCUUGGGUCACGCUUUGAAUUGGUUCAUAAUGUGGACAACAAAGCCACAUCCGAGAAUCCGCCAAGACACUGGCCCAUUCCGCCCCAGCGUAGUCUUGGUACGUUGGGCAAGGGAUGAAUUUACUGCGAGAUGAAGAUUUCAUGUAUUUAUGUGUAGACGACGGCACAGCAGGGUGCACAACUCACCUUCACGGUGCUAAAUACGAAACGCUAC